UAGGGAAAGGGUUUGGCAGAUGAUGAGAAAAGUAUGCCUUGGACGACUUUCCUCCCCAAUCUACAACUAAAUUUCCAUUUGCAAGCUAAGACUUCGGGUCUCUAGCCGGGGUCCUGGACUGUCAACUUCAAGGGGCUUCGGCAGGCCCAGUGUUUGCGGCUCCCACUCCAUGGUCCAGCAGGUUUCGUCCAAGAGGACACUAGGGCAGGAGACUGGACCGGGGUCCCCAGUGCAUCUGUCAGGCUUCCGGACACAGCGUUCUCGGCCGCGGUGCCGCUUCUCUCCCAUCACCUCGAGUCCCCACUCUGGGGCCCUCUGUAUGAGUGACACAUCAGGACUGCCAUGGAACUUGGCCCUGCCCUGGCCUGGCUCCUGCUCCUGAGCCUGCUGGCUGACCGUCUGAAAGCUGCUCAGUCCCGAGACUUCACAGUGAAAGACAUUAUCUACCUCCACCCUUCGACCACACCAUAUCCUGGUGGAUUUAAAUGUUUCACCUGUGAAAAGGCAGCAGACAAUUAUGAAUGCAACCGGUGGGCUCCCGACAUCUACUGUCCUCGAGAGACCAGAUACUGCUUUACUCAACACACGAUGGAAGUCACAGGAAAUAGCAUCUCUGUCACCAAACGCUGUGUCCCACUGGAAGAGUGCUUGUCCACUGGCUGUAGAGACUCGGAGCAUGAAGGCCACAAGAUCUGCACCUCCUGCUGUGAAGGAAAUAUCUGUAAUUUGCCGCUCCCUCGAAAUGAAACUGAUGCCACAUUCGCCACAACAUCACCUAUAAAUCAGACAAAUGGGCACCCUCACUGCAUGUCGGUGAUCAUGUCCUGUUUGUGGUUGUGGUUAGGAUUCACCUUAUAGCAGCUCCACUUGUAGCAGCAACCCAUGGGGAUUACCAUGUCCAUAGUCAUGCAUGAGUUAUUGGCCUAGGUAUCCUUACACAUAGGAACCCAUAGAUAGCAUUCUCGGAUGCCAUCACAACCAGGAAUUACCAUUACCACAAGGAACAAGCAUUACUUCAGUAUUGUCAUUUCCAGCAUAUCCAUGACCCCAUCACAGCCACCCUGCCCCAAUAAUGACCUUGAAUUUUAUACCACAAACCUGUGUUUGCACUCCAAGAAAGAGUUCUGUAUUUAUUGAGAUCUAGAAUCCAUGCAUGAGCUACAGGAAGUCUUAGGACCCUCUGAGUUGUGAGGAAUUUAUUCUAUGGGCACAGAUACACUUUUUUUCAGAAGAAAGGUUUAUAAAAAAAUUGGUUUAAUUAUAAUCAUGAAUUCACUUAAUAGCUUUGGAAUUUUAAAAGUACAAAAUGAAUGGACUAUUUUCUUUGAGAUUCUGAUGGAGUCCCUGAAAGAGUAGCAAGCAAUUUGCUCAGCUUAAUUUUCUCAGCCUCCUUAUCUCAGUGCUGAGAAACAUAUUCCUUCUGCUCUUUGUGGAAGAUAAAAAGGCAACCAUAAAAGUUCAGUGUACUUGUAGAGGAGGCAAGAGAAAGAUUUCCUCCAACUUAAUAGGAGUAGCAUCCAUAAAGGGGCUGUGUUUAUCCCUUCUUGUAACUGGGGAGAUUGGCCUUGACUCUGGACUUAAUUAUACUUCAUGAGGUCCUCUUGGGCCAAUGGUGUCCUAAAUUCAAGGUGGAGUUAUUUUCUCCAAGUGUUGGGUUCUAUUUGGGUAUAGCUGAUUUAGUCAGAGAUGGGAUUUUGGUAUGCAGGUAAGCUAUGUGGAGAUCAGCUCUAGUUCAUUUUGAAGGCAUAGAAGUGGCUCAGCAAAUCUCUUCCUCCAUUUGUAGUUUUUACUGCCAAUGAACCUCACUUUCCAAAACCCCACUGGCUUCAUGGAUUUAACUAUCUCUAGACCAAUAGAGAAAGAAGGCAUAAUAAUGUUUAAUAAUGUUUAAGAUGAGAAAAAGUAGAUAGUAAGACUAGUAUGGUAACACAACGGGAAGUGUUUGUUUCUUUUAGAUACUGAUUUUGAAGUAGAAGAUAAAAUUUUCACCAUCCUGCUAUAUUUUUAGCACCCAAAAUUACAAUUUUUUUCCUUCUUUAUAACUUCUUUAAACAAUAUUUAUUUUUGUAUGGUAAUGCUGGAAGCUAAAAUAUAUUCUAAAAAAUACUUUUUUUCUGAACAUAAUGAUCAAAUUCAAAAGCUUAUUUUUCAACAGUGGUAGAGUUAAUAAUAGUGUUUGUGGAAAGCUGUCUAGAAUGCUUAUACCAGUGUUGAAAAACUUAAUGUGUUCUGAGAAAGAGCAAUUUGUUUACCUCACAAUUCUUGCUCAUGCUUUCCUCAGAGAUGUUGUCCCAGAAGUAUUCAGGUGGAGACCAUCACUGGUCUGAACUUCUUUGAGACUUCUGGGGAAUGUUUGUGGGGAACUUGGUGGGGCCAUGGCUGAUAAAGAGAACAAUACUGUUAGGAUCCAUCGGCCCUGCACAGGAAACUCUCCAGCUCAUAAAAUGAGACACUCUCCCCUCCUCAGGGACCAACUAUGAACUGACAGCAGCAACUCUGACACAAAACAAUCUAAAUUGUAUCACAAAGCCUUAAUUCAGAGUCUGGUCAGCGUAUUAAUUUGUUGCAUAUAGUCAAGGUUGGGUGAGUCUAGGGUGAAGAAGCAUGAUGUGUUAAGCACUUUCUAUGUGCUAGGCACUCUGCUGGGCACUUUAUGUAGUUAGGCAAUAUAAUCCCUGCAAGAACCCUGUAGUACUCAUAUUUAUGCUUUACAAAUGAAGGUACCGAAGCUCAGAAAAGCUUGAUAACAUGAAGCUUCAGGUUCAGGUUAUAAGAGAUGAAUCACGAUUAAAGGGAAAAGGGAAGUAGAGUUUACUCUUCUAGGAACACUUCCAGUCCUGACUUCAUGGGAAUCUACCCAAUGUAUCAUAGAGACUUUAUCUUACCCUGUUUUGGCAGGAUACCAUUUGCAUGUAUCCUCACUUGAUGCUUUUCUUUUUCCUUUGGGGAUUAAGGUUAUAGCUUCCUUAUUCAUCCCUCUUGUUAAAAGAGGAAUAGUGGACCUUGCAUCUAAAGAUGCUGUAAGAGAAUGAAAAUUUGAUGUUGUACAUAUCUACAAGUACCAUUUUUGUGCAUGUUCACAGUCCACUGACAUUUUCUAAGUACUGCAUGUAACUUGAACAAGAGACAAGAAACUGACCACAUCAAAGCCUCCCUAGCUGGUGUACAGGGAUCAGGUUCACACAGUGUAGAUGCACCCACCUGAGGGAGUUACUGCAGACGAUGCACAGAUGUGCUGUAUGCAUCCCUAAUGACUAUCAAAGUGGCUUUUGUUUAAUUCUCUUGAAAGAACAUGAUUUGCUCACCAAACUUAGCCUCAAGAAGCUAAAGAAGGGUCUUUCCUGUGGAAGGUCCAGGACUGGUUAGCCAUCUGAAUUUUCAAUCACAUUAAAUUUUCCAUAAAUUCUCACUGUUGGUGAUGGCUUGAGAUAAAAAGAGCCAUAAUGUGUAUAUUAACGUAUGUGCUACAUAUUUAUUUUUAGACUCCUUUCAACAUUUGUGUCAAUAUGGAAUUAAUGCCUAAACAUUGUAAAUACUGUACAUUUUGUAAAUCAAUGAAUAAAGGUUUUAAGUGUA